AUGCAUACCGGCGGAAGUUUCGUGAACAAAAUCCAAGACAUUCUCACGAAUAGCCGAUGGUGCAAUAUUCUGAUUACAGCUGACAUCCAAGCAGCAUUCACCCAGAUCAGAAUCGCUGCAGAACACCGCGAUUUGCUAAGAUUCCUGUGGCUAAAAGAUCCGAAUCAAGCUCCUUCACCAUCUAACAUGAUUCUAGAUAACAUCUACGUCGAUAACGUCUUCCUAGCAGCAAAUACCGAAGAAGACGCACUGGAGAAAAUUGAAAACUCCAGAAAGCUCUUCCGCAAUAUUGGAAUGAACUUGAGAGACUUCACCAGCAACUCAGAAUAUGUUAAUAAACAUAUUCCUGAUGUGGUCAAAGGUAAGACUGGCAACACAAAAUUGCUUGGGGUAGCUUACAACACUGAAAGCGAUGAGCUCCUCCUUGAUGUAAGGCUAUCUCAAAAGCAACAGAUGACCAAAAGAGAACUUGUGAGUGCAGUCCACAAAAUAUACGAUCCUCUCGGCCUGGCACUACCCUUGACCCUCAAAGCAAAACUGCUGAUGAGAGAGGUAGUUAUGCUGAAAAUAGCUUGGGGAAAACCUCUUAGCACGGAAUACAUUAACAGGUGGAAUGAAAUUUGCACGGAAAUUUCCGGUACUUCUAUCAGAGUGCCGCGCAAUAUCGGCCUGACACUUCAUGACGGAAAAGGUUCAACACUAUGGGUAUUCGGUGAUGCAAGUCAGCUGGCAAUAUCCUGCUGCAGCUACGUUACUCACCCACCCAGCAAUCAAACAAAGGGCUUAUUGUGCGCAAAAACACGGCUCGCUCCAAAAGAAAGACAAUUAACCAUCCCAAGGCUCGAACUUCUUGCCAUUUUGAUAUCUCUCCGAUUGGCAAAAACCAUACUACGAUCGUACCAAGGUCGCAUAACUAAGGUUUAUAUUGUGAAUGACAGCAAAAUAGCAUUAGCCUGGACACAAACCUCAAGAAGGCUUCCUCUUUUCGUAGCUAAUCAGGUGGACAGAAUCAAAAAGCUUCACCAUUCUAUCCAAGAACUCGGAAUAUCAUUACAAUUGAGCUACAUUGAGUCCGAAAAUAAUCCUGCUGACAUCGCGACUGGCCUCGACCAAAUCAGCGCUGCGACAACAUGCGCACCCACGGUCAAAGCACCACCACAACGAACUCACGCCAUUAUCGACACCUCGCGCUUCCGAUACUACUCACGAGCCUUGUGCACACUGGCGCGCGCAAUGAAAGCACUGUCAUGCUGGAUUGCGAGAGUCAACGCGCGAAACAACAGAACCAUCGCGCUUCCGCUGCUACAGCGCUUCCUUCCAGACAAUGAAAUUACGUCCAGUGAGCUGAAGGCCGCGGAACAAUUGAUUCUACAUGAACAAAUAAGUGACAUCGAUAUUAACGAACUCCGCUCAAGGUACAAAGACAAAAACCUGUUCCUAGACGAAAACGGGCUAAUUAGAGCCAAUUCACGGCUCACUAACGCAGCGUUACCGCGCGACACGAAAGAACCAAUUUUCAUCCCGAAAGAGUCUGAUCUCAUACGUCUCAUUGUCAAUGAACUACACGAGACCAACAUGCACUUGCGGUCACAGAUAUACUACCAUAGGGCUCUCAGUAUCGAUUCGCAUCCUAGCAGUCCAUCACGGAAUUCGGAAAUCCUAGUCAAUGCACGUAUGCCAAGAAUAAGUCUGCCUUUGAGUAUCCCAGAGAUGGCUCCUACCAAAAGACCGCGUGGUCAAAUCAAAGCCUCUUCCAACAUGUUGGCUGCGACUACGUAG